AUGGAGGCCCUGGGUGCGGCACUGUCCUGCCCCGUGUGCAUGGAGCUGUUUACGCCCCCCGUGCUCCUCCUCUCCUGCUCCCACAACUUCUGCAAACAGUGCCUGGAGCUGAUCUUAGUGGGCCAGAACUGCACCCACGCCAACGGACAGUUCUGCUGCCCAGUGUGUAGGAAAGUCAUUUAUUUGAGGGGAAGGGGAACAAAUGGAUUGCAGAGGAACAUCCUGGCUGAAAACAUACUGGAGAAGUUUAAGGAAGAACUUGAGACGCUUCACACCAAGGAGCAAAAUCAGCUUGCUCAGACAUGUGAAAAGCAUGGAGAAAGUGUGAAUCUGAUGUGCCUAAGUGAUGAAGAACCAAUAUGUGGAAUAUGCAAGCUCUUUGGGGACCACAAGUCUCACCCAGUAGCCAAGAUUUCUGAUGCCUAUGCAGAGAGGAAAGUGAACUUUGCCAAGGAUAUUCAGCUGGUGCUGCAGAAAUCUGAGAGCGCAGCACAGGCAGUACGGGCAGCUUUCCCAGAAGCCGCACCCAAUAACUCAGACUUCUGCUUCUGUUGCACGCCUUGUCACCCCGAACUACAAGGAAAGCAGGAAAUGAAUGACAUGGAGAAGCUCAUCAGGGAACUCUCUACCAGCGCCACCGACACACUGGCCAUGAUCGACGCCAUUGGAGACAGCCUGCUCAGUGGCAUCAAAUAUCGGAUUGCCACCUUGAAAAAGCAACUGCAGAGUGAGCACUGCUCCAAGCUGGAGAAGUUACAGCUGGUUGCCCGGGAACUUGAAGCCCCCCGAGAGCUUUACCAGCAGAUGAAGAUGCUCCUGCAGCAUCAUGCUAACGCAGUGCAAUUUCUCCAUGAGCAUAAAAGGCUCAAGGGGGAGAUGGAGAGACUUGUGGAGGGCAGUGUGUCUCUACCAGUCCCCACCAAGGACACUAUUUCCAUCAGGCGCUAUUUUCAAGAGCUCAUUAGAGGAAUAGACAUCACUGCCUUUGCCCUUCCUGAGACUGACCAAGUGCCGGCCAGCAUGGCUGGGCUCCAAGAGGCCUGGCAGGCAGGCUGUGCCAUGCAGGGCCGUCUGUCGCAACAAGUGCUUGAGGAUAUUUUGUGCAAGGCAGUGUCGGGCUCAGGGCCAAAACCAAAUCAAGAGGCAAAGCUUCCUAGGAACCCGUCUCAUGCUUACUCAGUACAAGGAAGUGAGAUUGGGUCUAGAGAAUCAACUGUGUAAGGUAUUAUUUUCGUCUCAAAACGUCAACAACUUUUAUCGUUUUGUCUGUAACUUGAAAGUUGCUAGACUUCGCUUCUUAAAAAGAAAAAACAAUUCUACAUUGUGAUUUCUCUUUUGAUUUUGGUCUUGUGUUGAUCAUCCAAAGCCUUUCUAUUUUAAAUGGAAAUCUGCUUUAAAAACUACUUGCUUGAAGCUCACAUAGGAGGGUUUGAAUCACGGGGGCUGCUGGCUUGGCAGUCGGGGUGGGUGGUGCAGGAGGUGAGUUCUUGGCACAACUGAACAGAAAAGCUUUGUGUUCUGAUGACUUAGUGUGCACUUUUAGCUCAAUUGAGCCUCAGAUAGUAGAAAGCACAAUAGCAAUG